CAAAAUCCUGAGGAUGGAUGGCUCACACUCAACAAAAUGAGCCACGGCUCAGGAAGGCAGUGAUCCAACCCCUGGGUUUGCUUCCAUGAGCAGCCCCAAGGCACUGCUGUGUGCAAUCUAGUGGGUGUGUGGGAUGAUGUGGGGGGCCACGAGCAGGACAGAAGCUACUGAGCCCCAUGGCCAUGACCGAGAGCAGGAUAAACGUGGUUACCCUUCAGGUUUAGAUCAGACACAAAGGAAAACCUGUGAGGAGAAGCAGUGGUGCAGCUGACAUUUCCAGCUGGGACUCAGGCACAGGGUGAGCCCCAGCACACACGCCCUGCUUGGGGCAGCCCCCACAGCCCUGCCAGCACCAUUUGGCUCAGACCCAGAGCUGGCAACUCCCUACGCCCCAUAUCCCAGUAAGCAGCACAGUUCCAAAUUUGCAGAGCAACAACAGGGCUGAAAUUGGGAAAUUCAGGUCAGAUUCCAUCUUUCCUUACAGGAAGUGCUUUGCCCCAUCACCUCCUCCAGCCGCUGAUAGCACCAUGCUGGCUUGGCUCCCACCAGGGCCGUUUCCCCGAAAAGCACCAUUGCGUCACCACGGCCCUGCCGUGCGCAGUGGGGCAGCACAAACAAACAGCCGAGGGAGCAGUGUCCAUCUGUCCAUCCACACGGCAGCUUCUCUCGCUCCUCUCCCCCCAGCAGACAUGGCACCAGCCGGCGUCUCCGCCAUCCUCAUCCUCACCGCUCUGCUGUCUGCAGCCGCCGCUCCCCACAAACCCACAGCACCUCCGAGCCUGGCCAACGCAACGAUGCCGUGGUGGGGGCUGGAAAGGAACCCCCACCACCCCGCACCUCUCCCACAGCUGCUGGGGAUGUGGCAGUACGUGGCCGGGGCUGCCCAGCUGCCCCAGCACCUCCUGGAGCUGCUGCUCAUCGAUCACGGCCACCUUCACGUGGAGCCCAGCAGCGGGCAGGAGCUGCUCAUCACCCAGCACGUGGCAGUGGGUGACCGAUGUCUCUCCAACAACUCCACCUCCGUCCACCUGGGUGCCAACGGCACGGCGCUGCUCAAGGAUGCCCGCAAUCGGACAGUGAGCAGCACGCAGCAGGACGAGCUGGGACAGCAUGCAGAGAGCCUGGGGCUGAGCAGAGGGGCCGUGGUGUACGCGCCGUGGAGGAAGGAGCUGUGCCAACCGGGAGAAAAGGAAAGGAUGGAAGAAAGGAAGGAUGGAGGAGCGCAAGGCACGGCCCUGCCGAGCACCCCGGCAGGCAGCCGGCAGCAAUAAACGCUUUGCUCAGAGCUGUAGCCCCAUCUGAGCAGGACCUGCAAUAAGGAA